CGAUGAAGGACCGGACGCAGGAGCUGCGCACGGCGAAGGACAGUGACGACGACGAUGAAGUCGCUGUUGGAGUGGAUCGGGACCGCUUCAUGGACCAUUUUUUCGAACAGGUGGAAGAGAUCCGGGGCUUCAUAGACAAGAUCGCCGAGAACGUCGAAGAGGUGAAGCGAAAGCACAGCGCCAUCCUGGCAGCCCCCAACCCGGACGAGAAAACCAAAGAAGAACUGGAGGAGUUAAUGUCCGACAUCAAAAAGACAGCUAACAAAGUCCGCUCCAAACUCAAGAGUAUUGAACAGAAUAUUGAACAGGAAGAAGGACUGAACCGAUCGGCGGCCAACUUGAGAAUAAGGAAGACUCAACAUUCCACUCUGUCGCGGAAGUUUGUGGAGGUGAUGUCCGAGUACAACGCAACCCAGUCAGACUAUCGGGAGCGCUGCAAGGGACGGAUCCAGAGGCAGUUGGAAAUCACUGGCCGAACCACCACCAGUGAGGAACUGGAAGACAUGCUGGAAAGCGGGAACCCGGCCAUUUUCUCCUCUGGGAUCAUCAUGGACUCCAACAUCACGAAGCAGGCCCUGAACGAGAUCGAGACACGGCACAGCGAGAUCAUUAAACUGGAGACCAGCAUCCGAGAGCUCCACGACAUGUUCAUGGAUAUGGCCAUGCUGGUGGAAAGCCAGGGUGAGAUGAUCGACCGCAUCGAGUACAACGUGGAGCACUCGGUGGACUACGUGGAGCGGGCCGUGUCAGAUACCAAAAAAGCGGUCAAGUACCAGAGCAAAGCCAGGCGGAAGAAGAUCAUGAUCAUCGUCUGCUGCGUCGUGCUGGGGAUCGUCAUCGCCUCCACCUUCGGCGGGAUUUUCGGCUAGGAGGCCGCCACCUGGACUCUCUCGUCUUUGGGAAAGCGGAGGUGAAGAGACGCAGCCGAGCCGCCAGCCUGCGGGGGAUGACCCUUCCUGUCCUGCCUGACCCACACAGCCGCCGCGGGAGAGCCUGGCCAACCAGCACUUCCGUUUCUAAUGCAUGAUCGUCUGUGUUAACGCUGCGUGUCCGGUACAGUGUGCGUGGGGAGGGAUGGUGCUGUGGCAUGCUGGGA